CCCUUUGCCACUGCCAUGGUAACGAAGAGCUCGCUGUGCCAUGGCAGAAGAUGCCCUUGCCUGAAGACGUAAGCUCGCUGAGCGCGAGCGCAAGUUCAUCCCGACGCAGGAGGAGACAACGGCAAGCCGACUCAUCCAACUUGACAUGUAGCUGGUCAUGUUCAAGAAGCCUGCUGAUCAUCGCUGUUUUGGCGACGAUUCUGCUUUUGGCAGUGAGCUCCUACCAGGCAGAUGCCUCUUCAUUCGUGAACAUCUAUAUGCAAACGGGCACUGCUGGAGAAUACGUCCUCGGCAAAGGCGAUGGUGACAGCAACGGCACAGUUGUCACAGCUGUCACCGCUGUCACUGCUGCUUCAUCGACGACGAGUUCAGUUGCGACGGUUGCGUUGGAGCCAUCAACGACCACUGGAACCACCGGACCUGCUCCACCGCUGGUAGCUGCGACGGUAGCAACGACAGCCCCAGCCACUGCGACAUCAGAGACCCAGGGUGCCCCCGGGGGACCAGUGAUGCAGGUCACUGAUGGCUCUGGAAGACUUGGCAAUAAUUUAGCCUUUAUUCUUCGUGGAAUUCUCUAUGCACAGAUGACUCAACAUGCGGCCGUCACGUUCAGCCUCACCAGCAAGCCUUGCAAGGAGCUGUUUGAACCCAAGGCAGUGUUGCCAUUGGGGGGCGCCAAGAUUGAAGGUCCUCGCUUCUGUCCAGAGAAGUCUGACAAGCGCCAAGAAGGAAGGCCAGUGUACAACUUUCAGGGUGAACGAUGCAAGGGAAGCACUGCAAAGGACUUUCACUCCCUGGCGCUGGAGACACUGGUGCAGGCGUUUCGACCGGAGUUCAAGACUUGUUUGGAUGCAGUUUCUGCACCGGAGGUCACAGCUAAGGAACUGACCGUGCAUCUCCGAGGGCAAGACCUUUGGGGAAUGCAAGAGUUUGAGCUGACAUCGGACAAACCCAUCCCACUAGAGGCCAAUGCGCAUCAUUGGCUAUGGCAUCAGCCGCCUUGCACAAUGUAUCGCAAAAUCAUUGUCGAAGAAGGCUUUACCAAAGUGAUUGUUGUGACAAGUCCUGACCUGCGACAUGUUUGUGUUGAGUGGCUGAAGUCCAACGCAGCGAGUCUUGGUGUUGAGGUCGUCAUUCAAUCUGGGAGUCUCCGAGAGGACUUUUGCGCUCUGGCCAAAGCAUCCAAUUUGGUCCUUUCCUUUUCCACCCUUGGCGACAAUGCAGCAGUGUUGAACAAUCAAGUGAAGAAGAUCUUCUUCCGAGAAUUUGCACAAACGCAUUCAUUGAUCGACUGUGGGCUUUGGCCAGGAACGGAAUUGUACCAGUACAAGAUGCCCAUCAGUGAAGGAAAGCAUCCACCUUAUGGCAACACAUACAGAGAGAUCAUCAAAUGGUUCACGACCUACGACGAGUCGCAGAUCACCAAAAGUGCCGGCUGCCGGUGAUCCCAUCGACACACCAUCGACGACUGGGAGAUUCCUCGCCGGCGCAUCGUGCCGGAUCGGAGCCUGAGAAGAGGUCGUCCUAUCGGCUUCCGCAUGAUGUGAUCUCCGAGAAGUGCGUGAUCUGCGAGUUCUUCAAAAA